CUUCCAAUUCUGUCCCUGAUUACCGCUGCUUGCAAAGGCAUCCCCGCGUUCCUCUGCCUCUUGUCGCUGUGAGCAGCUCGCCUUGUUCAUUUAUCCUCACCUUUGCCCACACCAAAUCAUGGCUCUCAACCUCACCUCGUCGGCUCGAGCCCUGCGCUCCUUCAAGCCCUACACCCGCGCCGCCCUCCUCGCCAACGCCGCGCGAUGCUACUCAACCGCUGAGCCCGACCUCAAGACGACGCUCAAGAGCGUCAUCCCUGAGAAGCGCGAGCUGCUGAAGAAGGUCAAGGCCCACGGCAGCAAGGUCAUUGGCGAGGUCAAGGUUGAGAACACCAUUGGCGGCAUGCGCGGGCUCAAGGCCAUGGUCUGGGAGGGCUCCGUGCUCGACCCCAACGAGGGCAUCCGCUUCCACGGCCGCACCAUCAAGGACUGCCAGAAGGAGCUGCCCAAGGGCAAGACGGGCACCGAGAUGCUGCCCGAGGCCAUGUUUUGGCUGCUGUUGACCGGCCAGGUGCCCUCCGUCAACCAGGUCCGCCAGUUCUCCCGCGAGCUGGCCUCCCAGACCCAGAUCCCCGCCUUCGUCAACAGGAUGCUCGACGAUUUCCCCAAGGAUCUGCACCCCAUGACCCAGUUUGCCAUUGCCGUCUCGGCCCUCAACUACGAGUCCAAGUUUGCAAAGGCCUACGAGAAGGGCCUCGCCAAGGCCGACUACUGGGAGCCCACCUUUGACGACAGCAUCUCGCUGCUCGCCAAGCUGCCCACCAUUGCCGCCAAGAUCUACCAGAACUCUUACCGCGGCGGCGGCGCCCUCCCUGCCGAGGUCGACCUUGAGCAGGAUUGGUCAUACAACUUUGCUGCCAUGCUCGGCAAGGGCGGCAAGGAGAACGAGGACUUCCAGGACCUCCUCCGUCUCUACCUUGCCCUCCACGGCGACCACGAGGGUGGCAAUGUGUCUGCCCACGCCACUCACCUUGUUGGUAGUGCCCUGAGUGACCCCUUCCUGUCUUACAGCGCUGGUCUCCAGGGUCUGGCCGGUCCUCUUCACGGACUUGCCGCCCAGGAAGUUCUCCGCUGGAUCCUGCAGAUGAAGGAGGCCAUCCCCGCCAACUACACCGAGCAGGAUGUCCACGACUACCUCUGGUCCACCCUCAACUCGGGCCGCGUCGUGCCCGGCUACGGACACGCCGUUCUGCGCAAGCCCGACCCUCGAUUCGAGGCUCUCAUGGACUAUGCCGCUUCCCGCCCCGCGAUUGCCAAGGACCCCGUCUUCCAGCUGGUUGAGAAGAACAGCCGCAUCGCCCCCGAGGUGCUCAAGAAGCACGGCAAGACCAAGAACCCCUACCCCAACGUCGACAGCAGCUCCGGCGUCCUCUUCCACCACUACGGCUUCCACGAGACGCUCUACUACACGGCCACCUUUGGUGUUUCGCGUGGUCUCGGUCCUCUGGCUCAGCUCAUCUGGGACCGCGCCCUGGGUCUGCCCAUUGAGCGCCCCAAGAGCAUCAACCUCGAGGGUAUUCUGAAGCAGGUGGAGAGCAGCUAA